CGCGAGGACCCGAACGACGUUGACCGUCAUCUCAUAUUGAAAGCCCCUGUAUGCUCAGGCUAUGGAAACUAUAAAUCAGAAGAUUUCACUGUGCCAGGUUUGAUAUGAUGGUAACUUCGACUGGCCUAACGUUUCGACGCCUUCGUCGUCCUCAAGGCCCGAAAACAGGGGUGCUCGAUGUGGGAAGAUGGAGAAUGCGGAGACUCCUGGCCUUGGAGUUUUCAGAAAACCGUGAUGAUUUGUCCUGCGAAGCCCUUCCUCACACCGAAUUUACAGCGUAUUUGGGGGGCGAUUACCUAAAACUACCCCUCCUUGAAUAUAAGGACCGGUCCCGCCACGACUAAUGAGAAUCUGUAUGUCGUUGCAACCAGUCAACUUGAUUACAUCAGUAAGGCUGUCGAUAAACGCGGCAAUAUUCUGAGAAGAUAUUGACAGAUCGUUUCAUAAGCUGGGUGAUGUCAACUGUGGACAGCAGCGACUUCUAUAAGGAGAUAAUACAAAUCAUGUCCGAGAGGAUCACUACAAUCUCGGAAGAACUUCACGAAAAGGGAAUGAGGUGGUGCGAUAUGUUUGCUGAAGAAGAUAAUCGAGCUAUAGAAACUUAUACGAUAGAAACUAUUGGAGAAAGCGCGCAACAAGCCGCUGAGAGAGAGAAGCUAAGACGCGAUAUCGAUAGGAAGAGAAUGGAGUUGGCUCUAAAAUAUGAGAGGAAAAAAUGUGCCCAGGAAAAUGCUUCACCGAAGGACGCUUGUGAGGAACCUGAGCUUGUUCCCGAGGAUCCUAUUCCUCAGUGCGCUUUCAUGCAGAGAGAAUUUGCAGAAAGUGGCGAAUGUGGGCGUCAGAGCGACUUAGCUCCGUCGAGAAUGAAUUAUAGAGGAGACAGUAUCCCAAGGCAGUACCGCCGAAGUAACAUAACGCCGAAAUUCGAACGUCUACACCUCCAAAGGAGAAAUCCGAACUGGAGACCGAACAGAUACCAUUCCUCGACGAAUGGUUCUUGGCGUCAUAACAAUAACGAUUCGAAAGAUAGGAACUGGGAUCGCCCCUACUACGCUCGCAGGGACCACCAGAAUAGACGUUUUCACAAUCGUCCUCGUUGGUACGACGAGGGCUGCCAUUCGCGUCCGAAUCAUUUUGAUCGUCCUCGCAGCAGCAGUAAUGCAGAAAUGGACAACUCACACUCAAACCGCGAUAAUGAUCGACCUCCACCUUGGCGCAAAGUGCAGUCAAGCAGCCACAAUUAUCACCACUGAUUUUUUUCUUCGCUUGAGCUAGGGUUGUCAAACAAUCCAACUGUUUGUUUUGCAU